GCACGCGCCGCCGGCCCGCCCGCGCCCGCCGCCCCGCAGCCAGCCUCCGACCGCCCUCCUCUCCCCAAGAUGUGGCACAACGUCGGGCUGACCCUGCUGGUGUUCGUGGUCACGCUGCUGAUCGUCCUGCUGCUGAUGGUGUGCGGUUGGUAUUUUGUAUGGCAUCUUUUUCUAUCGAAAUUCAAGUUUCUGCGGGAACUGGUGGGAGACACAGGAUCUCAGGAGGGAGAUCAUGAGCCAUCAGGCUCUGAAACAGAAGAAGACACUUCGUCAUCCUCACACAGGAUCAGAUCUGCUCGCCAAAGGAGGGCACCUGCUGAUGAAGGCCACUGACCCCCAGCCCUCGUCUUGUACUAGUGAAUGAUGAAAGGCAGUGAGGAGCCUCUGUCUUUAAUGACUUGGCUUUGCAUUUUUUUUUACUUGGAUUUUAAGUCCAGUUGGAAAAAAAAAAAGAUUUAUAUGUAAGCCAUAUGAAAAUAAAGGGAAUUAAAACCAAAU